AUGUCGGCAAACAAUGAUGUCUAUCAGACCCCACUCAACUCGCGUUAUGCGAGCAAUGAGAUGAAGUAUCUCUUCUCUCCGAGAAACCGGUUUUCUACCUGGAGACAGUUGUGGCUUUGGCUCGCCGAAUCCCAGAAAGAACUGGGCCUGCCUAUUACCGACGAUGCGAUCGAGCAGAUGAAGGCCCACAUCACCAUCCAAGAUGACGAAUUCAAGGUUGCCGCAGAGGAAGAGAAGCGCCGGAGACACGACGUCAUGGCCCACGUCCACGCCUUCGGCCAGGUUGCACCUGCUGCCGCUGGAAUUAUCCAUUGGGGUGCUACUUCGUGCUACUGCACCGACAAUGCCGACCUGAUCUUCCUCCGUGAUGGCCUCGAUAUCCUCAUCCCCAAGCUCGCCGUCGUGAUCGAUAAGUUGGCUGCGUUCGCCAAGGAGUACAAGAAUCUGCCUUGCCUUGGUUUCACCCACGGACAGCCUGCUCAGCUGGUUACCGUUGGAAAGCGUGCAUGCCUAUGGCUUCAGGACCUCCUUAUGGAUUUGAGGAACCUUGAAAGGGCACGUGACGAUUUGCGUUUCCGUGGAGUCAAGGGCACCACCGGUACUCAGGCCUCUUUCCUCCAGAUUUUCGACGGUGAUCACGACAAGGUUGAGCAGCUGGAUGAACUGGUUACCGAGAAGGCUGGGUUUAACUCGGCCUUUAUCAUUUCCAGUCAAACGUACUCGCGCAAGAUUGAUGUCGAUGUCGCCAAUGCCCUUGGUUCUUUCGGCUCCACUUGCGAGCGCAUUGGUAUUGACAUCCGUCAUUUGGCAAUGCUGAAGGAAGUUGAGGAACCUUUUGAGAAGGAUCAGAUUGGCAGCAGUGCAAUGGCUUACAAGCGCAAUCCUAUGCGUUCUGAGCGUCUGUGCUCACUGGGAAGGCACCUACAAAAUCUUCCCAAGGAUGCCGUGGAUACCUACUCGGCACAAUGGUUUGAGCGCUCUCUGGACGACAGCGCUAUUCGUCGUAUUAGCAUCCCAGAGCUCUACCUCUCUGCUGAUGCCUGUCUCAUCCUUCUUAACAACGUCACUUCCGGGUUUGUCGUUUACCCUGAGGUUAUCCGACGACGUGUCAACGAUGAGCUUCCGUUUAUGGCCACUGAGAACAUUAUAAUGGCCUGCGUGAAAAAGGGUCUCUCCCGCCAAGAUGCACACGAGGAAAUCCGAGUCCUAUCCCACCAAGCAGCAGACAACGUGAAGAAACACGGCAAGAACAACGACCUUCUCGAUCGCAUCCGUCGUACCGCCUUCUUCGCUCCCAUCUUGGAUGAGCUCGACAGCCUCCUUGAACCCAGUACUUUCGUUGGCCGCGCUCCCCAGCAGGUGGAGAAGUUUACCUCGACUGAGAUCAAGAAGGCCCUCCUGCCGUACGAGUCUCACCUUCUCAAGGCUGAAACCUCUGCCCUCUAUGUUUAA